GGGUUUAGGGUUUCUUUUUUAAGUCUCUGUAUAUAUACAUCGCUGUUUUCAUUCACCGUCUUUCUUUCGUCUGAACCCCGGAGGAGCUCGAUCUGAAGACGAGAAGAUGACAACUCCGCAAGUUAAGACCGGUUUGUUCGUUGGGUUGAACAAGGGUCAUGUUGUCACCAGACGCGAAUUGGCUCCUCGUCCUCGUUCUCGCAAAGGAAAAACGAGUAAGAGGACAUUGUUCAUUAGAACAUUGAUAAGGGAGGUUUCUGGGUUUGCUCCUUAUGAGAAGAGAAUCCAGGAGCUUCUCAAGGUUGGCAAAGACAAGCGUGCUCUAAAGGUAGCUAAGCGAAAGUUGGGUACCCACAAGAGAGCCAAGAGGAAGAGAGAGGAGAUGUCUAGUGUUCUCCGCAAGAUCAGGUCUGGUGGUGGUGGUGUAACUGAGAAGAAGAAGUGAGCAUCAUCUUUAAGUUUGGGAUCUCAGAUAGAGAAGCUACUCUUAUUAUGUUUUCAUUGUCUGUGAUUUAAAGAGUGCUUUAUCCAUGACCAUGAUAUUAUUAUGCAUUCAACCUAAUAUCCGCAUUUUAUCAUUUAUUUUCAAUUACCUCUUGAGUUUA